AUGGCCUCGCCGGCCCCCAAGGAGAUUGGGCUGGGAAUCCGGCGCCAGAGGUCGGAGAGUGUUGCAACCCCGAACCGGACGGACUCGUCGGAGUCGGUCAAACAUCGCCCGGAGAACAGGGACCGGUCACAAUCAGUUUCGCACUAUGAGACCCAGCAGCCACCCAGUACUGGAUUUGAUCCCAGCGAUCGAGUCUUCCCUAUCCGGUCGGUAGUCUCGGUGGACCCAACAGCUGCUACCCAACAGAGAUCUACCUCACGGGGAGCAGCAUCGCCCACGAGAGAUGGAGCUCGGCAUUACCCUUUCAUUGAUGAGCGGACUUGGCAUCAAAUGAAAUCAGAAUCCGAUGCGCAGUCAUAUCCUCGCCCCGAUCCCGAGCACGCCGAACCUACGAUCCCCACGGAUAUUUCUCGUCACGAGACACAUGCCACCGGGAAAGAGACGGAGCUUGGGGCACACUCACUGGCGUCCGAGGUCAACCAGCAUCCUGAAGUUUACGCCAAGCCUGUUCAGAGCGAUAGUCAGUCCGGUUCAGGAUCUACCGCUCACCCGAGAUCGCAAACUGGGCCCCGGACAGAUGAGGAUCAUUUGAUGACUGCCCGCUUCAAACAUGUCGUGACUGACAAUGGUCACGCAAUCAUCACGGGUCGAGAUGGCGAAGACCUUCAAUACUGCGAAGACGAGCCUAUCAGAAUUCCUGGCGCAAUCCAAAGUUUUGGAGUGAUGAUUGCAUUGCGAGAGCAGUCUCCGGACCAGCUCGUGGUGCGCGUUGUGAGUGAAAACUCGGCUGAAUACUUGGGCUAUACCCCAAAGGAGCUUUUUCAAGCCCAUAGCUUCUGUGAUAUCUUAGACCAAGACCAAGCAGAUCUUCUACUGGAUCAUAUCGACUUUGUACGCGACGAUGCAUAUGAUCCCUCUGUGGAUGGACCUGAAAUAUUUGCUCUGUCAAUCUCUACACCUACAGGGGAAAGCCGUCGAUUCUGGUGUGCAGCCCAUGUCUGCCAAACUCAGAAAGACCUGAUCAUUUGUGAAUUCGAGCUUGAAUACGACGAGCGUAAUCCGUUAGAUAUCCCAGGCUCUGCCACCCCGGGAAGCCCCACGGAAAACAGUACUUUGGGUUUUGUUCCAACGCCAGAUCAGCUCGCCUCUUCGACAAUGUCCAUAUCCCAGCCGCUUCGAGUUCUUCGUCGCAGGAGAGCAGAGACCGACUACUUAUCCGUCCUCUCACAGCUGGAAACUCAACUUUCCCGAUGCCAAGACUUGGAGCAACUUCUGAACACCACCGCAGGUCUUGUAAAGGAACUUAGCGGCUUCCACCGAGUUUUGAUCUACCAGUUCGACAGCAGCUGGAAUGGAAUGGUUGUCGCUGAGUUGGUCGAUCCCAAUGUCACGAUUGAUCUUUACAAAGGCCUUCAUUUCCCUGCUUCUGACAUUCCCGCUCAAGCAAGAGAGCUCUAUAAAAUCAACAAAGUCCGCCUUCUCUAUGACCGCGACGCCAUCACAUCACGUCUAGUAUGCCGAACGGUGGAAGAUCUCGAAACGCCUUUGGACAUGACGCACGCAUAUCUGAGAGCCAUGUCGCCCAUUCACAUACAAUAUCUGAAGCACAUGAAGGUCGUAUCCUCAUACUCGGUAUCUAUUAACGCAUUUGGUGAUCUGUGGGGUCUGAUAUCGUGUCACAACUAUGGAUCUCCUCGACGAGUUUCUUUCCCAGUUCGGAAGAUCUGCCGCCUGCUGGGCGACAUAGUGUCUCGCAAUAUUGAAAGACUCUCAUACACAUCUAGGCUUCAAGCAAGGAAACUCAUCAAUACAGUUCCCACCGAGGCCAAUCCAUCUGGUUACAUCAUUGCCUCAAGUGAUGACUUGCUACAGUUGUUUUCCGCCGACUACGGUGUUCUCUCUAUUCGUGACGAAACCAAGAUUCUAGGCGAUGGCUCAAAUUCUCAGGAGCUUCUAGCCCUCCUCGAAUUCCUUCGCCUUCGACAGUUGAGUUCCGUGCUCGCAUCGCACGACAUUGUCAAGGAUUUCCCAGACCUUCACUAUCCACCAGGGCUAAAGGCUAUCUCAGGGCUGCUCUAUGUUCCGCUUUCGGCAGGUGGUAGUGACUUCAUCGUUUUCUUCCGCCGCGGGCAGCUCACUGAAAUCAAAUGGGCGGGUAAUCCAUAUGAAAUCGCGAAACGAAAGCAAACUGAGGGAUAUCUCGAACCACGUGAAAGCUUCGCAGCUUGGCGAGAGACCGUUCUCUCCCAGAGUCGCGAAUGGACAGAAACGGAUGUCGAAACUGCAGCAGUACUAUGUCUCGUCUAUGGAAAGUUUAUCAAAGUGUGGCGACAAAAAGAGGCGGCGAUGCAGAAUUCACAGCUCACUCGUCUUCUGCUGGCCAACUCAGCCCACGAGGUCCGGACCCCUUUGAACGCCAUCAUCAAUUAUCUCGAGAUCGCGCUGGAAGGUGCCCUAGACGAGGAUACAAGGGAGAGCUUAACCAGGUCUCACUCGGCUUCCAAGUCGCUCAUUUAUGUCAUCAACGACCUCCUCGACCUUACGAAUACCGAAAAAGGCCAAGAACUCAUCAAAGAUGAAAGCUUUGACCUUGAGGAAACUUUCAAAGAAGCAGCCCACAUGUUCUCUGGCGAGGCCAAGCGGAAGAAUAUUUCGUUCACAGUGUCGGUACACCCUGGCCUUCCUCCAUUGGUGCUUGGUGAUCAGCGUCGCGUGCGACAAGUUCUAUCCAACGUCAUAUCCAACGCCAUCCAAAAUACCGAAUCUGGUGCAGUCACCACCGAGAUCUGGCGGUCCCCGACGCAAUCCGUUCCGGGUCAUGUGGGGGUCGAGAUCAUGGUGGUUGAUACCGGGGUGGGUAUGUCGCAUGACAAGCUGGAGGCCCUUUUCCACGAAUUAGAGCAAGUCUCGACAGACGAGACUUAUUAUCCAGGCGAGGAAGAAAAGUCUCAAAGUCUGGAUUCGCCCAAACCACCACAAAAACGUGUCUUGGGGCUGGGUCUUGCGCUUGCGGCAAGGAUUGUUCGACACAUGCAUGGGCAGUUAGGUGUCAGGAGCGAGGAAGGAAAAGGCAGUCGAUUCAAAAUGUUGCUGCAGUUCCGACUCCCCGAGGGAGACACAUCGCAAAAUGAAGCGGCGAUUGCCGCUGCGAACUCUGCUAUUCCUCCGACACCACUGAUCUCUGACAAGGAGUUCACUUUGGUAGGAGGAUCACAUGAGACCCGUGACACUAGACGGCGAAGCAAUGAAAGCUUGCGCAGUGGUGACAGCUCUCGAAGUGGCCAAAGCGGAAGAAGUCAGGCAGAUCGAUUGAUAAGUGCUAUGCAAGAACCUGCGAUGCACAAACGCAGCAACAGCCAAAACUCGCUUUCAAAACAUAGAAGAUUGUCAUCCAGCCCUGUCAGUGCUCACAGUCACGCUUUGUCUAGAGGCUCGGCGCCAGCAUCCAGUUUGAAACGCUCGUCCACAACACAGUCAGUGCAUGAUAUUCAUGGACAUCAUGGACAUCUAUCAUCGGUUACGCACACCCCUCCAAUCACUUUGCAACCUCUUGUCACACCGCCUCCUCCGGGAGUUGAGAACAUCACAGAUUCCGGUGUACCGAUGGGUGCUUUGCGAAUGUCGAAGCUAUCUGCCAGCAUCAAGUCGCCAUCCCUUCAAACCAUCGAGGACCGUUCCUAUUUCCCGCGGUUUGAUCCGGGUACAGGGUUCUCAAAUGCAACAUCCACGGCGCCUCCACCCUCCACCGCUCCUCCACCAUCAACAGUACCUCCACCAUCCACAUCUCCCACCACCGUUCCCUCGACAACCGAUUAUGAUCUGCUACAUGUGCUUGUAGCAGAAGACGAUCCGGUCAACAGCAAAAUCAUUCAAAAACGUCUGACCAAGCUCGGGCAUACCGUGAAACUCACCAGCAAUGGCGAGGAAUGCGCCGGGGCGUUUGCCCUGGCGACGAAAGACUUCGAUGUGAUUUUGAUGGAUUUACAAAUGCCCAUUGUGGACGGAAUGCAGGCUACUCGAAUGAUUCGCGAUCUCGAGUCGAAAAAACCAAAGUCUGCGCUCCCAGACAAAGCUACUCAACAUGGCCGGGUGCCUAUCUUUGCUGUUUCCGCCUCCUUGCUUGAGGAGAAUCGAGAGCUUUACAUCGAGACCGGCUUUGAUGGCUACGUCAUGAAGCCCAUACCAUUUGCUAGAUUGAAUUUCUUCUUCAAGGGCUUGACGGACCCGGUUGCCCGGACAGAGGCCACAUACACACCCGAGCGUGAAUGGGAGCAUGGCGGAUGGUUCGAAACUCAAUAA